ACCAUCUAUAACUAUGAUUUUAAGCCAGAUACUUUUAUACUUAUUUUGAACAAAAAGAUCAAAGUUGGUAUUAAUAAAAAAUUCCACCUAUGCUACUUUGGUCUUAUAGUGGUCAUUCAUCAAAAAAAAGGAGCAUACUACUUUGCUGAACUUGAUGGUGUCAUCUCACAACUGAAGUUUGUCAUAUUCUAUUUAAUUCUAUACUAUAUGAGAUCAAAGAAAGAAUACAAAGUAACAGAAUUUGUGGCUAUAUCAGACUUCACAGAUAUUAUCAAUAAUUCAGACAACUCUGUAUGA